CUGGAAUUAGCUUAUUUUAUUCCCUAACUCUAUAUUUCAACUAAGAGUUUUGAUGUAAUGCUAAUAUCCAGGAUGAUUCAUGAAUCAUAUUUCCUUUAUUUACAAAAUGGAAAAAAUUAUCAAAUCAAUUUAACUUUGAUCAAACACUAAUUUUUCCAAUAUGUAGCGACGCUGACCAGGGAUCAUAGGAAUUAGUGAAUUAUCAGACGAACAAAGCCUUUUCAAUGGUUAACUGAUUCUAAAAUAACAUAAAUAGCAACAAAAUUUCUCUCACAUUUUAUAAAAAUCCUUUCUUCAGAUACUAUAUCUAAUACUCUGUCCAUCAUCAAAUAACACAAAUAACACAAAAAGGCACCAUCCCUUAAUUAAACCAAAUUAUAACGUUAAAUACCAAUAAAAAUGAUGAACUUAAUUUCAAGAAACUUAUUAACUGCUUCUUCAAACUCCCUCAGAGUUACCUCUUCAAGAGUCAUAACCCCAGUAAUGGUUAAUUCUUUCCACUCAUUUCACCAAAUAAACAAAGAAGAUGCUGAUCACACUGCUGCCUGUGUUAACAACUCAUUAAAUUCUACAAUUGAAGUCAAGGGUGCAACUAACACCCAUGCUGAUGGCACUGUUUUUGAACCAACUGUUCACUUUACUGGCGAAGAAGUUGAAACUGCUAGUCCAGUUUUACAAGUCAAUUAAUUUACCAAUUCAUUCCUUCGAUUAUCGAUUAAUUUAUGGAUUUAUCAAAUGAGAUAAUUUGAUACAUUCAAAAAGUGAAAAAUUUAUUAAAUUUUACUAAAAUCUGGUAGGUUUUUCAAUUUAAUUCUUAUGCCUGAUAAUUAAAUAUUAUCUUUUAUGUUUUAUACUUGGUUUUUGCUUGCAAUUCAUUUUGCAUUAUGAUUUAUGGUUUAAUUAUUAUAGCAUCUUUGGGUACUCAAUUUCAGAGUUUAUUUUUUAUUAAAUUCAAUUGAUCACUACACUUUUCCUUUCUGGUUUUCAAAUAUAUAUAUAUCUGUUUUUUAUAUAAUCUUCCAAAUAAUAUUCAGCUCUGCUAUUUUC